UGAUGGAGAUAUUUCGAACAGUUGAAGAUAACCCCCCAGAAACACUUCAAACCCUUCUUACGUAUGAGGAAAAGCCUGGUCAGGCGCAAAGCUUUCUUGCCCGCAUGGGCAAGAACUUCAGGUGGCCCCUUUCUAUGCCAAAAUAUCUCAGAAGUCAUGCCUUUAGAAAUAUCGCUGACCUCGAGUUCGAAUUUGACGAAGAGGCUGGACUUAACAUCAUAUUUUUCUACAACGCACUCGACAGAGGCGAGUUUUCUGGACAUGAAAACGAGUGGGCAACG